UUCGAGCUCGCUCACUGGCGCGCGCUCUCUCUCUCUCCUGAUGUCUAAUUCGUCUCGCGCGGCCGCUGCUGCCUUUGCCGCCGUUGUUAUUCGCGACUCCUCGGAGCCCGCGUGAGGCAGGGCGACUGCGGGGCUGCGCUCUCUCUCGCUCUCUCUCUCUCUCUCUCUCUCUGCCUCCGGCGCUGCCGUCGCCGCGGAGCCGUUGCCAUGGCGGGGGGGUUGGCUCGUGCUGCUGUUCUCCGCGCCCUCCCCCCGCCCGUUGGGCUGGUGCUGCUGGCGCUGGUGCUCGGGGGCCAACGGGGGGCCCAAGCUUUAUUGUGUUUGUGCUCUGACUGCAAUCAAGCCAAUGCCACAUGCGAAACAGAUGGCGCCUGUAUGGUCUCAAUAACAAAUGUGAAUGGAAUGAAGCAUCACACCCGGACAUGUAUUCCUGAAGUAAAGUUGAUUCCUGCUGGAAAACCAUUUUUCUGCCUUAGUUCGGAAGCUGUACGCAACACACAUUGUUGCUACUUUGACUACUGUAACAAAAUUGAUCUCAUGGUACCCAGUGGACAUUGGAAGGAUAAUGAAACUUCUUCAAUCUGGGGACCUGUGGAACUGGUGGCUGUCAUUGCAGGGCCAGUCUUUCUUGUGUUCAUCAUUAUGAUUAUAUUAGUUUUUGUCUUCCAUCACCAUCCACGUGUGUACCACAAUCGUCAGCGGCUGGACAUGGAGGAUCCAUCUUGUGAAAUGUGUCUAUCCAAGGACAAGACUCUGCAAGAUCUGGUCUAUGAUUUGUCUACUUCUGGCUCUGGUUCAGGCUUGCCACUGUUUGUCCAACGUACUGUGGCUCGAACAAUUGUCCUCCAGGAAAUCAUUGGCAAAGGUCGCUUUGGGGAAGUGUGGCGUGGCCGAUGGCGUGGUGGUGAUGUAGCUGUGAAAAUUUUCUCAUCGCGGGAAGAGCGAUCGUGGUUUAGAGAAGCUGAAAUCUAUCAAACAGUCAUGUUGCGCCAUGAGAACAUUCUAGGAUUUAUUGCUGCAGACAACAAAGAUAAUGGUACUUGGACACAAUUAUGGUUGGUCUCUGAUUACCAUGAGCAUGGUUCUCUGUUUGAUUACCUCAACCGAUAUACUGUAACUAUUGAAGGGAUGAUUAAAUUGGCUCUGUCUGCUGCCAGUGGCUUGGCACAUCUUCACAUGGAAAUUGUGGGGACUCAAGGGAAACCUGGGAUUGCACAUCGUGACUUGAAAUCCAAAAAUAUAUUAGUGAAGAAGAAUGGCACUUGUGCCAUUGCAGACCUUGGUCUAGCUGUCCGCCAUGAUUCUGUAACUGAUACAAUUGAUAUUGCCCCUAAUCAGAGAGUUGGAACAAAACGUUACAUGGCCCCUGAGGUUCUUGAUGAAACAAUAAACAUGAAGCAUUUUGAUUCAUUUAAGUGUGCGGAUAUCUAUGCCCUUGGCCUGGUUUACUGGGAAAUUGCUCGCAGGUGCAACUCAGGAGGUAUUCAUGAAGAAUAUCAGCUCCCAUACUAUGACCUUGUGCCCUCUGACCCGUCCAUUGAAGAAAUGCGAAAAGUUGUAUGUGAACAGAAACUACGACCUAACAUUCCCAACUGGUGGCAGAGUUAUGAGGCUUUGCGAAUUAUGGGGAAAAUGAUGCGAGAGUGCUGGUAUGCCAAUGGAGCAGCACGGCUAACAGCCUUACGGAUCAAGAAAACUCUUUCUCAACUCAGUAUCCAGGAAGAUGUGAAAAUUUAGACUGCAAGCCCCGUCUUGAGGAAAGUGCACAAAAAGCUGCCAUGCAAGAAUUGAUGUGGUGAAGAAGGCCUACCUCGUCUUUGUAUUCAGCCUGCUGCUAUCAACUGGACAGCUUGGCCUGCAGGUGGCCAGGUGAGGAGGAUCGACAUUAGAGACUUCACUCAUUUCCUCAUUUAAGAGUGAAACGCAUCUUUUUUGAAUUCCCUUUUGUGAAGCAUUCUGAGGGGCUUGUAUAGGAGAAUGUCAGUCACAAUAUAACAUUGUUUCUCUUAUGGAAAUCCCUGUAAAUUUGAGUUAUGUGCUGAUUAGGGAAAGCCUUACGGCUUGGGAGAAGAAGAUACUUGUGGAUUAAAAAGUGUGGCAAGGGGAAGGUUUCGAGGACUGACACGUACACACAGGCACCUUAUGUGCACUUUGUCUGGCCAUAUAGUGGCCCUUUUCUAGCUCAACAGAUCCUAAGCCAGAACUACAGAGCGUGCAUGUGCAAAGGUCUGUGUCCCUUUGCCCUGUAGAUGUGUAUUGUGUCUGCUUGUGCUCCUGUGCAUGUUGAAAAUGUAGUGUGUCCUUUUGUGAAGUGCAGGUGCUAAUUCCCUAUUUCUCACUAGCUGAUAAUUAGUUGUCUUCUUACAGAGUAGGAUUCUGCCCUGCUAAAUAGUAGACUUUUUGGGGGCACUGUACAAAUGGUUCCACUGCCAUACUUCCCCUCUUUUUUUAAAAAAAGCGUGGGAAAAUACUUUUGAUUGUACGUGUUUGUUUUUUAGUUUAAAAUUCUCCCAUAAUGGGUAGCAAUGAUUAGCAAGCAGAAAGAAUUGUGGAAGAAUUAGGUAUCUGCUGAAAUUGGUGCUUUCCUAGUUAAAGAAAGGCAAACAGAACUGAACAUGUAGGAUCAUUGCCCUUCCAUUUCUCAAGGUGCCUUUGGCAGAACAACUCCGGUGUUUUACAUUUCUCUACCAAAUGAAAUGGCUAUGGAGAAAUAUGCACUCAGAGACUUCCUGGCAACAUUUGUCCUUUCGAGGAACAAUGACUGCAAAAUAAAGCUGAUGUGUGUGUGUGUGCGUGUGUGUACGUACGUUUAUGUGUAUAUAGAUAGAUAGAUAUAAUACAAUCUCCCUUAUUCUGGAAGCUACUUUGUGUCACU